AUGACAAAAGCGUUGGCCACGAAUGAAUAUCCAUAUAAUCUUGGGGCAUACGGGAAGGUCAUUACGACCAGCAGUCCUGAGGCCCAAAUAUGGUUUGACCGCGGCCUUGUGUGGGCAUAUUCCUUCAAUCAUAAAGAAUCAGUCAUCUGUUUCAAACAGGCACUUGUGCAUGAUCCAUGUUGUAUGAUGGCCUACUGGGGCUUGGCCUAUUCUCUCGGCCCCAACUACAAUCAGCCCUGGGAUUUCCUCGGCAAUGACUUGACAGCCGUGGUGGAAAACACAUAUCGAGCUGCAAUUAAAGCUCGAUUUCUCUCUUCAAAGACAUCUCCGGUGGAAAAGGCCCUUGCCAAGGCAAUUUCCGCCCGCUAUCAGAGUGAUAAGCCUGCUAGUAUGGAUCAAUAUGCUAUUCAAAAUCUUGCAUAUGCCGACGCAAUGAAAGAGGCAUACGAAAAUUUUACCGAUGAUUUGGACGUGGCCGCUCUGUACGCUGAUUCUUUGAUCAGUCUCACUCCCUGGAAAUUGUGGGACAUGGUGACCGGCACACCAAACCCUGGUACUCGUACCAUGGAAGCAAAGAGUGUGUUAGAGAGAGCUCUCAAACAUAAAGAUGCUUGCAAACACCCUGGUCUUCUGCACACCUACAUUCAUCUUAUUGAGAUGUCGCCCUUCCCAGAACUAGGCCUGCGAGCGGCAGAUUACCUCCGCGAUCUGGUUCCAGAUGCGGGUCAUGUCAAUCAUAUGCCGUCCCAUCUGGAUGUGUUGGUUGGAGACUAUCGAAGUGCCGUCCGCGCCAACCAGCGCGCCGCCGUUGCAGACGAGAAAUAUCUUGCGCGAGAAGGUCCAUUUAAUUUCUACUCCGUGUAUCGCAUGCACACAUACCACUCACUCAUCUACGCCGCCAUGUUUGCGGGCCAGAAACAGGCCGCAUUUACAGCCUUGGACCGCAUGGAGGCGACUCUGCCGAAAGAAUUGCUCGCGGCCAUGGCAGACUACAUCGAAGUCUUCAUGUCUGUACGCGCACACGUCAUGGUGCGAUUCGGCAUGUGGGACGAGCUUAUUGAGAUUGCGAUCCCCGCAGAUCCAGAGCUGUACUGCAUGACGAUAGCGACGCUGCACUACGCCAAGGGCGUGGCGUAUGCAGCGUCAGGGAACGUGCCCGAUGCAGAGCGCCAACGAGAGCUGUACCGAGCAGCGCGGAAACGAGUCCCCGAUACGCGCUUGGAUUGGCCUAACAAGUGUAUUGAGAUUCUGGGGGUGGCGUCAGAAAUGUUGGAUGGCGAGAUCGAGUAUCGUCGUGGGAACUACACAGAGGCGUUCGCGCAUCUACGUCGCUCGAUUGAAUUGGAUGAUGGGUUGGGUUACAGUGAGCCCUGGAGUUGGAUGCAGCCCACUCGCCAUGCAUACGCUGCUCUUUUGCUAGAGCAGGGCCAUGUUGCGGAUGCUGCGGCUGUCUACGAGGCUGAUUUGGGUAUUGAUGGUUCUCUUAUCCGCGCUCGCCAGCAUCCGAAUAAUGUAUGGGCUUUGCAGGGAUACCAUGAAUGUUUGGUACGUCUCGGUCGGAAUGAUGAGGCGCGUGUUAUUGCACCGCAGUUGGCGAUUGCGGUUGCCGUGGCUGAUGUGCCUGUAACGUCUUCAUGUUUCUGUCGUAUUGAUACCUCGGAAACGCCCAAUGUCGGCAAGAGUUGUUGCAAAUAA